UCUCACAUGCUCCACACUUGCUCGGCUGAGUCACACGGAUUUCUAGGAGCCCCAAAGAGUGUUCCCCCCCCUUUCUUCCCGGACACAUACUUCCGUUUUGCCCUGGGACUCCAAAGGGGUGCAGUGGGACAGAUCGACCCUGGAGUUUUGGGAUGCCCCAGCAGGAGGGGAGGCCAGAAAGCAGAGCUGACGCCCGGCCUUGACUUGUCGGCCCUCCUCGGUUGGUUGCCGGUGAUCUGGGAUGACAAAAGUCUUUGUUCUCUCCCAAACACUGGCGCUUUGUGUGUUUUGACUUGUGGAGCAGCAGUACCGCCGGGCCUUGGCACACCCACACGGUUGCAUAAGAGGUGGGGUUUUUUCCCUCUGCUGUCAGCCUGCCAAGAACAGGGGAAAGGCCCUUUCCAGAGUAGCUUCUUUGCCAUCUGGAGGAAAGGAGGGGAAGCCAGCCGGUGGGCCUGUGCCGAGUUCGAGCGCUUCCCCCACGCACACACUCAGCCGCUGGAAGGGAGACCUCGAGGAGCACCGGUCGUCUAAAGAGGUGGGAGGCGGUGACGGGCGCGGGGCCCAGAGGCGCAGAUCUCACCUGGUCUCUCUGCGCACUGCGAAUAAGAGAGGAGAACUGUGCGGAAGGACACCUGUUCUCGGCUGCAGCCGCCCGUGAUUGCAGCAGACCAUGGGCAACGGCAUGAACAAGGUUCUCCCCGGACUGUACCUUGGGAACUUCGUAGACGCCAAAGAUUUCGACCAGCUGAGCCGGAACAACAUCACCCACAUCCUCUCCAUCCACGAAUCCCCGCAGCCAUAUAUUCCGGGAAUCACCUACCUUCGGAUCACGCUGCCCGAUACACCAGAAGCUAACAUCAAGAAGCACUUUAAAGAAUGCAUUCAUUUUAUCCACUCCUGCCGCCUGCGUGGAGGAAACUGCCUCGUGCAUUGCCUUGCCGGGAUCUCUCGCAGUACCACCAUCGUCCUGGUGUACGUCAUGGCGGUGACGCAGCUGAACUGGUACGAGACGCUGGAGGCCGUCAAGGCGGUGCGGUCGGUCGCCAACCCCAAUCCUGGAUUCCGUCAGCAGCUGGAGGAGUACGGGAAAAGCAAGUCUGCGCAGAAGAUCCGUCGGCAGCUUGUGCGCAAGUACGGAGCAUCCCCUUUCAACGACGACGAGGACAUACGAGGCCUGCUGCCGGCUGACAAAAGACCUCCCGCUGACCUGCCUCGGCAGAUUCUGUCGCCAAAGAGCCACAGUGCCAAGCACACGGGCCCCUUUCUGUUGCGGGUGAAGGAGACAUUCUCCUGCCUCCCGGGGUGUCUGAAAUGAACUCCCUUUGGGCACGCUGGGAAAUUCACAGAAACUACGUGCAUUGGACUGGCAGGGGCCCAAAUCUGGCAAGGAAUGCGCUCGGCGCUGGAACCACAAGAGGGAAAUUUUAAGUGUUAACGGACACUGUGCAGUUGAGAAAGCGGAACUGUCUGGAGGUGACCGAUUAUCGGCCUCGGUUUCUUUUGCCCGUGGAACGGAGGUGAUUCAUACAGGAAGAGGCACCCAGGAAGUGUGUUGCAGAUUCCAAAGUCCCUCUCACUAGCAGGGCCGUGAGCGAAGGCUUCGUGCCCUGUCUUGCAGAUGGGAUUCUUCACGCCCGAGACUGGGAGUCAUCUGCCGGUCAAAGACUUCCCAACACAGAUUCUUUGG